AUGGCGCACUAUUUGAGCUUCCACGGGAAUACCAUGCACCGCUCACAAGUUUCGUCACUUGUGCGCAAGACGAUGUUCCAGCGUGCAUUUUCCACUUCAGGCGACAGCACACCCAAAGCCAUAGAUGGUGUGCGUAUUAAUCGCUACAGCGCCGUUGUGACGCAGCCCAAGGCUCGCGGCGCAUCACAGGCCAUGUUGUAUGCAACGGGCAUGACUGAGGAAGACAUGGAUAAGCCUCAAGUCGGUAUUGCCUCUAUGUGGUGGGAAGGCAAUCCGUGCAACAUGCACCUGCUGGAUCUGGCGGGCGAGGUGAAGAAAGGCGUGAAUGCUGCAGGUCUAGUGGGUCUACGUUUCAACACGAUCGGUGUGAGUGACGGUAUCAGCAUGGGUACGGAUGGUAUGAGCUACAGUCUCCAAUCGCGCGAUUUAAUUGCGGAUUCAAUCGAAACGGUAAUGGGUGGUCAAUGGUAUGAUGCGAAUAUCUGCAUACCAGGUUGUGACAAGAACAUGCCAGGUUGUGUAAUUGCCAUGGCAAGAGUGAAUCGUCCAUCGUUGAUGGUAUACGGUGGCACAAUUCGUGCUGGAUGCAGCUCCAAAGGUGAAACACUGGACGUUGUAUCCGCUUUUCAAGCGUACGGCGAAUAUAUUGCCGGACGAAUCACAGAAGAGGAGCGUCACGAUAUAAUUCGACAUGCCUGUCCUGGUGCUGGAGCGUGUGGUGGCAUGUACACGGCAAAUACGAUGGCUACUGCGAUUGAGACUUUGGGCCUGAGUCUACCAUUUUCGUCGAGUUUUCCUGCAGAUUCGGCUGAAAAACAAACUGAGUGCCUUCAAGCAGGUGAAGCGAUAAAGAUACUUUUGAAAAACGAUAUCAAGCCGCUUGACAUAUUAAGUCGCAAAGCUUUCGAAAAUGCCAUCACAGUGACAAUGGCUCUGGGUGGCUCUACUAAUGCUGUGCUUCACUUGAUCGCUAUUGCUCGUGCAGCUGGUAUUCCAUUGACCAUUGAUGACUUUGAAAAGAUAAGUGAGCGCGUUCCGUUUCUGGCUGACUUAAAGCCAAGUGGGAAGUUUGUGAUGGAGGACAUUCAUCGCGUGGGUGGUACACCUGCUGUACUGAAAUAUCUCAUGAAACAAGGCUUCAUUCACGGCGACUGUCUAACUGUGACGGGUGAGACGCUUGCGAAAAACCUUGAAAAGGUGGCGGAUCUUUCGGAUAACCACGAAAUAAUCUAUCCGGUUGAUCGCCCACUUAAGUCUAGCGGUCACUUGCGAAUCCUGCGCGGCGAUUUGGCCCCAGAAGGUUCAGUUGCCAAAAUAACAGGCAAAGAAGGCCUUGUGUUCACUGGCCCCAAGGGUGGUCCAGGCAUGCCGGAGAUGCUCGCUCCUACGUCAGCAAUCAUGGGCGCUGGACUCGGAAAGGAUGUUGCAAUGCUUACUGAUGGCCGAUUCUCCGGCGGUUCCCAUGGGUUUAUCAUCGGCCACAUAACCCCUGAAGCUCAAGUUGGUGGACCUAUUGCUCUAGUAAAAAACGGUGAUAGGAUCACGAUUGACGCUGAAAAGAAUCGCAUUGAUCUUGUAGAUGUGUCCCCCGAAGAGCUGGAUGAGCGGAAGAAGGCGUGGGUUGCACCUCCACUCAAAGCCACUCGCGGUACACUGUACAAAUUCAUUAAGAAUGUGAAGUCUGCUUCAGAAGGAUGCGUUACUGAUGAGUAA